AUUGUUUAACCGUGUUUGGAGGAAGACAGGAAGCGUUAAUGUUAAUUAGUUGUGUUAUUAUAACUCAAUGGCGAUUCUUUAUACGUUUAUAAAUGACUUAAAAGUGGAAUGAGUCGUGUGGAAUGUCUUUCCGUAACUCGUUCUACCGCUUAUUGGGCGUUAGAACUUAUUCGUAAAUCCGGUUACGUGCUUUACUAUUGGUCACGCUGUCAUUUUAUAGAUUGACUUUGUAAUUAUUGGUUGACGUAAUUGCUAGCGAGGUUUCAGCCUUGCCAUGACUUGCAGCGAAUGCACUCGAGAAGCGAGACGUGUCCCUAUGGAUGUAAAUAUCUACGCGACGAGAAAAACUGUAGCUCAGGGUAUGAUGGAUAUUGCUCUAUUAACUGCCAAUGCGUCCCAGUUAAAGUAUGUUCUUAGUCAUUCGGAUAUGCACGAAUAUUUCCUAAUUAACAUUACGUUAAUUGGCACUUCGAUGGCUUUACAGAUAAUUGUUGGAAUAAUGCUGAUUCUAGUAGGAAGAUCUAAUAUUAAUUAUAAGAAACACCAGAAAGGAGCCGAUGAGAUGAACAACGCCAUUGUAGUCAUGAUAUUCCUAAUAACUGUGGUUAAUGUUUUAAUUAGUGCAUUUAGUGUGGACGUGGUCGAAUACGAUGAUACUUUCACAACCGUUCCUCCAUUAGACGACGAUGGAAUUUCCGACAAAGUUCAACAACCGGGUCGAGUAGAGAGAGAUUUACAAUAUUAUUGGCCUAAUUGUUCGGAAAGAUUUUGAUUUUUAAUUACUAAUCUAAAAUAUUCUCAAAUGCCUCUACAGUAUUAAAAGUUAGUGAAGAGAUUGUAAGGAUCACAUGGUAUUAAGUGAUGGAAUUUUUUUUUACUCCUGCGAAUUAAACAUUUAAAAAUAAUUUUCUAGAGUUGUAACUAACUUAAAUUCUUGUACUUCAAUUAACUGUGAUACUUAAACCUUUGUACUUUAUAACUGUGUAAUAACACAAUAAAUAAACAAUAAGAACUGUCACCUGUGAGUGAUUUACAGAUGGAUUGUCGUGUUAAUUACUAUUCUUUCACUUUGUAAUCGUUAAACAGAUAAACACAGAACUCUUUUGUGCUAAAUUGUUUUUUUAAAUAAUUCUUUUUGUGUUUAAACGUUUCGAAAUGAAUGUAGACAAGGCGAGAUUAAGAAAACUUCACAUCAAACGUAACUUUUUUUUUUCUUUUUUUAAAUUAUAACCUUGAAGUUCAUAGGUUAAUAAAGAUUAACGCGUCGUGAAUUUUAUUUCGUCAUAGAAUUUAAAUUAAAAACUUAAACAUUUAUUAUAAUUGAUAAUCAAACUUUACAUGUUUAAAUCACUCUCAUCCUGAAGGACAGGGCCAUCGACA